GUAGGCACCCAUUUAAAGAAUAAAUGAAGAAGUAGCAAUAAAGAAGUUUUAAUUGUUGCCUUAGACAGAAAGAGAACUGGGGUUUGAAGUGUUUCUAGCGUACUUUUUCUAAUUUUUCUGACAAAUCAAGUUUCAAGUAGUUUGAGCCUGGAUUAUUCUUCCACAGCCUCUUUUGAUAAAAGUUGUUCAUUUCAAUCUGAAGGCUAAAUGAGUAUGAAACAGAAAAGUGUGUAUCAGCAAACUCGAGCACUUUUGUGCAAGAAUUUUCUUAAGAAAUGGAGAAUGAAAAGAGAGAGCUCAUUGGAAUGGGGCCUCUCAAUACUUCUAGGACUGUGUCUGGGUCUGUUUUCAAAUUUUUUAAGAAGUGUCCACUUUCCCGAAACUCCUCCUCAUGAUCUGGGAAGGGUAGAUCAAUUUAAUAGAUCUUUUAGAAUGGUUGUGUAUACACCAAUCUCUAAUGUAACCCAGCAGAUAAUGAAUAAAACAGCAUUUGCUCCGCUUUUGAAAGGAGAAAGAGUCAUUGGGGUACCAAAUGAAAAACAUAUGGAUAAAAUACUCGCAGAAAAUGCACCACAUGCUGUGGGAAUCAUCUUUAAUGAUGCUUUCUCUUAUAAGUUAAAAUUUGUUCAGGGAUAUGACAUUCCAGUUUUGUCAGAUGAAGAUCUCUCAGCUCAUUGCUGGGAGGAAUAUGAAGAGUUUCACUGUUUAUUAACCUCAUACUGGGAUAGAGGAUUUGUUACUUUACAAACUGCCAUUAAUGCUGCUAUUAUAGAAAUCACAACAAAUCACUCUGUGAUGGAGGACUUGAUGUCAGUUACUGCUACAAAUAUGAAGACAUUACCUUUUAUUUCUAAAGAUGGUCUUCAAAAUGAGAUGUUUAUUUUAUACUGCUCACUUUAUUUUUCCCCACUUAUAUAUUUUGUAUCACUCAAUGUUACAAAAGAGAGAAAAAAGUGUAAGGAUUUAAUGAAAAUGAUGGGUCUACAAGAUUCAGCAUUCUGGCUCUCCUGGGGUUUAAUCUAUGCUGGCUUCAACUUCAUUAUUUCCAUACUCAUUACAAUUAUUAUAACAUCCACCCAAAUUAUAGUCAUGACUGGCUUCAUGGUCAUAUUUACACUCUUUUUCUUAUAUGGCUUGUCUUUGAUAGCUUUAGUGUUCCUGAUGAGUGUGCUGCUAAAGAAAGCUGUCCUCACCAAUUUGGUUGUGUUUCUCCUUACCCUCUUUUGGGGGUGUCUGGGAUUCACUGUAUUAUAUAAACAACUUCCUUCAUCUCUGGAGUGGAUUUUGAGUAUUUGUAGUCCCUUUGCUUUUACUGCUGGAAUGAUUCAGAUGGAAGUGAGUGUCGGAUCAGUUACUAUCUAUAAUAAAAAUCUCUCUGAAAUGCAAGAGUUGGAGGAAAUAAGAAAGAUCACUGGUAUUUGUCCUCAACACAAUGUUCAAUUUGACAUGCUCACUGUGAAGGAAAACCUCAACCUGUUUGCUAAAAUAAAAGGGAUUCAUCCACAGGAAGUGGAACAAGAGGUACAACGAAUUUUGUUGGAAUUGGACAUGCAAAACAUUCAAGAUAACCUUGCUGAACAUUUAAGUGAAGGACAGAAAAGAAAGCUGACCUUUGGGAUUGCCAUUUUAGGAGAUCCCCAGGUUUUGCUCUUAGAUGAACCAACUACUGGACUGGAUCCCUUUUCAAGGCAUCAAGUAUGGAGCCUCCUGAAGGAACGUAGAGCAGAUCAUGUCGUCCUCUUCAGCACUCAGUUCAUGGAUGAGGCUGACAUCCUGGCUGAUAGAAAAGUGAUCAUGUCCAAUGGGAGAUUGAAGUGUGCAGGCUCUUCUAUCUUUUUGAAGAGAAAAUGGGGUCUUGGAUAUCACUUAAGUUUGUAUAGGAAUGAAACAUGUGAUCCAGAACAAAUAACAUCCUUCAUUAAUCAUCACAUCCCUGGUGCUAAAUUAAAAACAGAAAAUGAAGAAAAUAUUGUGUAUACUUUGCCUUUGGAAAGGACAAAUAAAUUUCCAGAUCUUUUCAGUGCUCUUGAUAAGUAUUCUGCCCAGGGAGUGAUGGGUUAUGAUGUUUCCAUGUCAACUCUGAAUGAAGUCUUCAUGAAACUGGAAGGAAAGUCAACUAUAGAACAAGAAUCAAAUAUUGAAGAUUUUAUACAGUCACUGAAGCAUCAAAGUAUACUUUUGGAAGUAGAUGACUUUAAAAACAGAAAUGGUACUGAUGGCCUUUCAUACAAUGGAGCUAUCAUAGUUUCUGGGAAACAAAAGGAUUAUAGAUUUUCCCUUGUGUGCAAUACCAAGAGAUUGCACUGUUUUCCUAUUCUUAUGAAUAUUAUCAGCAAUGGGCUACUUCGAAUGUUUAAUCAUACACAAUAUAUUCGAAUUGAGAGAAGCCCAUAUCCUCUUAGCUCUGUAUCAACAGUCUGGACGGGGCUGCCAGAUGGUUCCAUUUUCUUAUUUUUGAUUUUAUGCAGCACGUCUCCUUACAUCGCUAUGAGCAGCAUCAGUGAUUACAAAAAGAAAGCUAAGUCCCAGCUAUGGAUUUCUGGCCUCUAUACCUCUGCUUACUGGUGUGGGCAGGCACUGGUGGAUAUUAACUUCUUCAUUUUCAUUCUCCUUUUAAUGUAUUUUAUUUUCUACAUAGAAGAUGUGAUGAAUGUUUAUACUACGAGUAAAAUUGUGUUGGCUAUGGUUAUAAUUACGCCUGGUUAUGCAGCUUCUCUUGUCUUCUUGGCAUAUGUGAUAUCAUUUAUUUUUCGCAAAAGGAGAAAAAACAGUGGCCUUUGGUCAUUUUGCUUCUAUUUUAAAGCAUUCCAGACUGGGGCAAAUGCACAUCUAGAUGGACACAGUUUUACUAUGUGUCAAGAGAAAAAUCAGCUUCUGGUUUACCUUAUACUAACAAUUUAUCCAGAUUUGUAUGCAGUUGGUGAUCUCUCAGAUGAGGGAGCUUUCAACGUCAAUGAUGGAACGGAACCUCAGACCCUUGUCUUUCAGCUCUCAGUGGAGAAGCUGAGCAGGGAUGAUUUCCUCAUGGAUGAAGGCUCUGUAGUGAUGCUGUGGGUUGGAAAACAUUGUGGGCAGAAUUUUCUCAGCCAGGUUCCAGGAGUUCAAAUCUAUGCAUCAGUUCCACAGAAUAUGACAAACCUUCCAGAUCUUGAUACGCUGGAAUCUUCUAGAACAAUAGGUUUCAUCUCUUGGAUUAGAGAACAGAGACCAUUUUCCCUUUGUGGGAUAAGAUGCAUUGGCUCCAUUCAACACCUGAAAAACAAACUUGGCAAGGAUUAUACUCUAGAACUAAAAGUGAAGGAAACUUCUCAAGUGACUUUGGUCCACACCGAGAUUCUGAAGCUUUUCCCACAGGCUGCUCAGCAGGAAAGCUUUCUUUCAGGUGAAAUUUUGGGAUUGCUAGGACCCAAUGGUGCUGGUAAAAGUUCAUCUAUUAGAAUGAUAUCUGGGAUCACAAAGCCAACGGCUGGAGAGGUGGAACUGAAAGGAUGCAGUUCCGUUUCGAGUCACCAGGGAGAAGGCACAGUCAAGUUCCUGGGGUACUGUCCUCAGGAGAACGUGCUGUGGCCCAUGCUGACCAUGAGGGAGCACCUGGAGGUGUACGCCGCUGUGAAGGGGCUGAGGAAAGAGGACGCAAAGGUCGCCAUUACACGAUUGGUGGAUGCUUUCAAACUACAUGAGCAUCUGAAUGUGCCAGUGCAGAAAUUAACAGCAGGAACCACUAGAAAGCUGAGCUUUGUGCUAAGCAUCCUGGGAAAUUCACCUGUCCUGCUUCUGGAUGAACCGUCUACAGGCAUGGAUCCAACAGGGCAGCACCAAAUGUGGUAAGCAUUAUUGUAA